AUGUCUUCCCCAAGCAAAUUGAGCCAACAUAGCAACGAGCUGGCUUCGUUGCCUCGAGUCGAAAGCCGCACUGCGCUUGGUCAAAAGGACAGCCUCCACGAUUCACCCUCGGAGUCCAAGACAGAUCUUAAUGACGUCUCUGAACAGGUGAUAGCUCCAUUGUCCGCUCUUGAACGGCCACCUUCGCACUUGAAGGACUUCUUGCGGCUGACAAGAAAGUCAAAAGCGGUCUUUGAUCUCGAUACCGUGGCCACGCAGCCUUCAGUUUAUGACGAUCCCCAUCUUGCGAGAUUCAGUCAGCCUCAUCCUGAAUGGGAGAACAAAAGUCGCUUUGACCCGCUGUUCCGUUGGACCUGGAGAGAAGAGAAGAAGCUGAUCCGAAAGCUCGACUUUCGGAUUGCUCUGUGGGCUUUUAUCAUGUUCUUCGCCCUAGAUCUCGACAGGCAGAAUAUCACGCAAGCGAAUUCUGACGGUAUGCUUGCAGACCUGGGUAUCAACACCAAUGACUAUAAUCUUGGCCAGACUUUGUUUCGCAUCGCCUUCCUGACUGCCGAGCUACCAUCACAAUUGAUCAGCAAGCGCGUUGGAGCUGACGUUUGGGUCCCUAUCCAGAUGGUCUGCUGGUCCAUUCUUUCGGCAUCGCAAUUCUGGAUGACCAACCGCUCUCAAUUCCUUGCAUUCCGCUUUCUCAUCGGACUCUUCCAGGGCGGCUUCAUCCCGGAUGUAGUGCUCUAUCUAUCUUACUUCUACGUCAAGACGGAACUACCGCUCAGGCUCGCCUUCUUCUGGUGCUCAAAUUAUACCGUGAAGAUCGCGAGCCCCUUCCUCGCGAUGGGUGUCCUGCGAAUUCAUGCUGGCGGAAACUAUGGAUGGCAGUGGCUGUUCAUGAUUGAUGGACUUUUGACGCUCUCCAUCGGUCUUUUGUCGUUCUACAAUAUGCCUGCCAGCCCCACGGAUCUCCACAAGAGAAGGGGGUGGGUCACAGAAAGGGAAGAGUAUAUCAUCGUCAACAGAAUCAUACGCGACGAUCCGACUAAAGGUUCCAUGCAUAAUCGUCAAGGGCUGGACUGGACUACCUUCAAGAAGAGUCUAGCAGACUACGAUCUUUGGCCAUUGUACUUGAUCGGACUGCUUUUCAUCAUGCCAUCUGUCCCUUUGGCCAAUUAUCUUACGCUUCAGCUCACGGGCCUGGGAUUCGACACGCUUACCACAAACGCCCUUGUCGUCCCCUCCCCAGCUUUGGGGAUUCUUAUGCUUAUUUUGGUUACUCUCGUUUCGGAAUUGGUGGAUAACAGAAGCUUCGUCUGCAUGAGCGCCAAUGUAUGGUUCUUCAUUUUUACUCUUGCGCUGUACCUCCUGCCCGCCAACUCGAGCAGGUGGGAGUUUUGGAUUGUCGCGACUCUGCAACAAGCUUGGCCAUACGUACAUGCAGCCCAAGUCGGGUGGCUGUCACGAAACUCCGGAUCUGUCAGGACUAGGACCGUCAGUGCUGCCGUAUACAAUAUGCUUGUUCAAGUGAGCACCAUUAUUGGUGCCAACGUAUACCAAGAAAGCGAUAAGCCGCUUUACAAGAAGGGCAAUCUCGCAAUGACCAUCUUGGCCGCGUGCAAUUGUGCAUUGUACGUGUUCACCUUCUACUACUACCGCUGGAGGAACUCAUCGCGUGAUAACAAAUGGAGUGCCAUGACGAAGGAACAGCAAGUGCGGUAUCUACAGACUACCAAGGACGAGGGCAACCGCAGGCUUGACUGGCGCUUUGCUUACUAG